CUUGUUGACAUUCGACCGCCUUAAAAAACAAUCGAAGUCGUUUUUUUCUGAAGUCUAACCUCUUCGUUGAAUCUAUCCGGAAUCCCGAAAGAAAAUGGCUGGGACUGUGAGAAGAUUCUAUGAGUUGACAGCAAAGCUGCUGUGUGGAGAGACCUUGAGUUUCGCUUCACUAAAGGGGAAAGUUGUUCUUAUUGAAAAUGUGGCGUCUCUAUGAGGAACAACAACCAGGGAUUACACCCAGAUGAACGAGCUCCACUCGCGUUAUUCUGCCAAGGGACUCGUUGUCCUGGGUGUCCCCUGCAAUCAAUUUGGACAUCAGGAGAACUGCAAGAACGAUGAAAUCCUCAAAUGUCUGAAGUAUGUCCGUCCAGGGAAUGGCUUUGAACCAAAGUUCCAGCUCCUUGAGAAGGUGGAUGUGAAUGGAAAGGAUGCACACUCCUUGUUUGUCUACCUGAAAAACAGCCUGCCAUUUCCCAGUGAUGAUGCAUUGGCUCUCAUGACUGAUCCAAAGUCCAUCAUCUGGAGUCCAGUGUGCAGGAACGAUGUUUCCUGGAACUUUGAGAAGUUCCUGAUCGGCCCUGAUGGAGAGCCCUUUAAGCGCUACAGCAGAAAUUUCCUUACCAUCGAUAUUGAGGCAGAUAUUCAAGAGCUACUCAAGAGGGUCAAGUAAAGAGUGCUACAAAACACUCCGUGAAGAAUAUCAGUAACGACCAGACUGGCCAAAAAGAUUUAUCAGUUGUCACAGUUAUGUUAUCAUUUUGUCCAUGUUCACAGUUACAGUGAGCUGCAGAACUAUUGAGAUAUGAGUAUUUCCAGUGCUGUACACUGAGGUUGUGAAGCCUGUUUACUUAAUGAAGACACUCCUUGAAGCCUUUUUUUGUGAGGGGAGUUUCUGAUGAACAUGUAAAAGACUGACUCGACCACUGUGUAUGACUCAUAUCACAAAUAUCUUUAUUUGGAGGGCUAUGAAUAAACAUUUCCUGACACAAGAA